AUGAAAGAUAAUCGAUUACUAUAUCCAAAAACCAAAAUAGAUUGGGGUCCAGGAGAAAAUCAUAUAUGUUUGAAAACACCAUUUAAGAAUUUCUAUGUUAUUGAAUUAUUUCAUCAAGCUCCUACCUUUGAUAAAACAAUCCCUUUAUUUAUUUCCGACAUUAAUAAUUCACCUAACUUAUAUGGAAUCUACAAUUAUAUAGCAGAUCAUUUACGUCAUGUUGUUCUUGUUAAUAACUAUCCGGUUAAUCAAAUCAAUAUAUUUGGGAAAAUCGUGUAUGAACAAUAUAAGGAAAAGGAAUUCAAUGGAGUUGAAGAAUCAUAUGUUAUUCUUGUAAUAUCCGAUUUCAUUGGAAUAGAUUCUAAAAUUAGAGUUAGGUUAUCCCAAGAACAAUUUAAAGAAGUUGGACUUACGUUAGAUAAGAAGAAUUAUGGUAAAAUUGUGGAACUUGAAGGUGAAAUUUACAAUUGGUAUGAUUCUAUUAAUGUGAGUAAGAAACCAGAUCGUGAACUUAAAGUUAGUAAAAUAACGGUAUUGUCUCAUAGACCAGACGGAUUGCAUUUUGAAUUUGAACAAUGGAAGAAAAGAAUGGAAUUUCGAAAGAAUAAUUUGGUAGAACCAUGGGUGUUUAUUCCAACCCCACAACGUGAAAACAGAAUUAUUGAUUAUAAAUUUACAGAGGAUGAUACAAAGAAGAAGCAACAACAACGGGAUUUAGAUUUGGGAGUUUAUUCACUUAAAGAAAUUGAUAAUGUACCCGUUGAAGAAGACAGUUUGCUUGUACAUGCCAUACAUAAAUCGGAUUCAAGAAUUAAACAGGAUCUUCCUAGUCCAUCAUCCAAUAAAUUAUCGUUGGUUAAAUCAGUGGAUAGAAUUCAUACUCAACGUUAUAUAAAACCCACUGAUCUGGAAGACACUCCAUUGAAAGUUGUCACUGAUUUCCAAUUAACUACUGAAAUAAUCAAAUUUAUAAUUAAAAAAGGUUUCGUCAAGGUGAAAUUAUUAGAUAUUUAUCGAGAUCCACGAAUAUCGGAACUACUCACGAAUUAUACCAACUUACAGUUAGUAACGUUAGAAGCAAUACCAAAGUUUAAGAACUUAUCAUUCAAGGACUAUAAGUUAAUUAUAUUUCACAGACAAAGACACAAACUACAGAAAAAUCUUCAAUUAAUUACAAUAAGUAAAACUCAACUGGUUCGACUGGUUUGUUUGAAAAACUUGUAUUCAAGUGUUUUAAAAAUUCUUAAAUCAUUAAAAAAUUCCAAAACCACUUCUCCCUUUAAUGUUAUGGAUUAUUUGGACAUGUUAAAAAAUAAGAAAUUACUAUUAGGAGAUAUUAAUUAUAAAUUAAUGAACUAUAUAAUUGAGUAUAUACUUGAAAAUGUUUUAUUUGAUGAUGAUAAUUGGCAUUAUGACACCAAUUCAAUAUCUUGGUCUUAUAUAGCACCUGGUUAA